AUGAAGCCCUCUGCAGACGUGCUUGAGAUCAUCACUUGCACCAUCCUCAUCUUUGUUAGCAUCGUUGGAAACACUUGUCUGUUUUAUUCUACGAGAAGAUGUAUCACUGGGCAUUUACAGACAUCCUUUCUUCUAGUUUUCAAUCUUAUAUUUGUCCACCUUAUUAAAAACUUGGUGGUGAAUGUAAUGAAAAUUGUUUACUCUUCUGGUAUCAUGUUGGAUUCAGCUGGCUGCAAAGUUCUGCUCUUCACAUCGGCCCUAACAACUUCACUGACCAUCUGGUUCCUGUUAUAUUUUUCAUUGCUUUACCACUGGAAGCUUUACCAAAUUGCCCACCCCUUAAGUGAGAAUCCAAGCCUGGACCAACAGAAGCAUUCCUUGAAGGUGGUUUCUGUACUUUGGGUGGCUGGUGUGGUGGUAUACGUCCCAGUUUUAAUUCAUACUAGAAAACCAGAAUUCUUGAAUGCGGGAAAUGAUACAGAUUCUUUGUCUACUAACAGAAUGUACAUGGAUUGCCCAAUUGUCUUUCAAAAUAAGCAGGUAGAGUUUUUCUAUGGUAAAAUUGUUUUGGUUCUGAUUGAUAUUCUUCCUUUAGCUAUUUUAGUCUUUGUCUGUUUCUGGAUGUCUUUCCUCCUUUCAGAGAGAAAAAAGAUGACAUAUGGUGACAUCUGGAUUGGAGAUGAUGAUUCAGAAAUUGAAAUCCUUAGAGGGGCCAAGUUCAGUAUUUUAUUAAUGUUGCUGAUCACUCCACUUUGGAUUUCUCACUUUAUCUUAGUCUGUUUCUUGAAAGACUUGGAAGCAUGCAUCUUUAUUCCAGCUGUUCUCACAGCUCUCUCUUCAAGCUUCUCUGCUAUCAGUCCUUUCUUGCUUAUGUUGGUUAAUUACAAAAUGAAGUUGGUGUGCUUCUGUGGUGCCAAAGAGGAAAAACCCACACCACAGCCUACAAAUGUUAUUCUUUCUCCAUAUGCUUAA